GAGCUGUCAGUGGAGGAGUGUGCAGGACAGAAGGAAGAAAUGGGGAACAACAGUUCAUAUGGAGAUGCGUUAGAUACUUUAUAGAUAAUAUUCCUGCAUUACACAAUAAGAGGACUGCAAGAACAUCCUCUGAAACUUGUGUUUUUGCAUAAUAGUUUACAGAACACUAGAUAAUGCUGCCGUGGAAGAAGAACAAAUUCGAGCUUAUAGAGGAAGACAAACAGGCUAAGCAGAAGGGAUAUGCCGUGAGUUUGAACUACUCUGCGCUGACCUCCUUCGCCAAGUCCUGCCCGGAGAGUGCACUUAACCGGGUAGGAAGUAUGUUCAAAUCCAGGAGAAAAAAGGUCAAGAUCACCAACGAGGACCCCACUUAUACGGUCCUUUACUUGGGGAAUGCCACUACCAUUCAGUCGAAGGGAGACAGCUGCACGGAUGUAGCCGUGAGCAAGAUCUGGAAGAAAAGCGAAAUGGGAAAGAACGGCACGAAGAUGCGGCUGACCAUAAGCGCGCAGGGCAUCCGGAUGGUGCAUCUCGACGACAAGGCGAGGAGACCAGGACAUUUGUAUUUACUGCACCGGAUAACCUACUGCGUCGCCGACCCGAGAUUUCCCAAGAUCUUCGCUUGGAUCUACAGGCAUGAGAUGAAGCAUAAAGCCGUGAUGCUCAGAUGUCAUGCGGUGCUCGUGUCUAAGCCGGAGAAAGCAAAAGCCAUGGCGCUGCUUCUAUAUCAGACGUCGUCUAACGCUUUGGCCGAGUUUAAAAGGUUAAAACGAAGGGACGAUGCCAGGCAUCAGCAGCAACAGCUAAUCGGAGAGCAAACGAUCCCUCUGGUUCCUAUUAGGAAGCUCCUCAACGGCCAAUGUUAUUACAAGCCGCCUGUGGAGCGCAGCCGCAGCGCACCAAAACUUGGCUCCAUCACCGAGGACUUAGUUGGGGAAGAGGAAGAGGAAAAGGCCAUGCACUAUGAAUGCGAGGAUAUUUUUGACAGCGAUUGCUUGUCCAACGGUAAGCAGGAACUGUCGCAGAUCAUCAGCGACCUGGGGGAGAUGUGCAUCGGCAACGACGUACAAACGCUGAAGGCGGACCUGCGGGUUACCCGGCUCCUGUCGGGCGAGAGCACCGGGAGCGAGUCGUCCAUAGAGAGCGGCCAGGAGCCCAUCCCUUUAUCUAAUGGUCACGUUGAAGGAAAAUUGCAGGAAAUCGGCUGACUGUACUUAACAUGCACGUCUAUAACGUGCAAACAGUGUUUUCCCCUCUCACGCUAUUUGUACUGUCCAUCUUAAAGUCCUUUACGUGCCUCCACAAAAAAUCACUUGAAAAUAUGAACUCUAAAGACAAUAACUUAUGUUACGAUUAAUUUUAUUUUAUUUUAAAAUACACAAUGGCACUACAGUUUUUGGCAAAAUCUACUACUGCUGCGAAGCGGUGGCCCAGGUGAAUCUCUAAAAGUGGAAUUUAACGCUGAUACCUUGACCUGUUGCGCUUAAAAAUAUGCUGAGUUAAACCGUUUCCCCGAAGAACCCAAUUCAUAACUGUAAUUUUUAAUUUGCAACCUUUACCAGUGAGAAAUCGACGUCUUCAUCACUCACUGUUGUGAGUUUAACCUUUCUGUACCGUCUUUGAGUGUUGCGUCGUUAAACACAUCGUGGCAUGAUAAAUGUUCUUUCCAAAAAUAAAUGUUUUAUCUUUGCUGUGCAAAAGGAAACACGCUAAAGUAUUAUUAUGUACAUAGUAAUUAAUUGUAUGUAUGAUAAAAUGUUUGUUUUUUAUAUAAAGUGUAUGUUUUCUCUGGACCAAUGACAAAUAAAAAAAUUUAAAUAAUCUUU